AUACCACGCGUAAACAAAAUCGUAUCAAAAUGGCAGUCCCCUCUGUCUCUUUGAAUACACGAAAUAAAAAGCUCUUUUUGGGAGUACCGGCACCGUUGGGAUAUGUUGCUGGUGUUGGCAGAGGAGCUACUGGGUUCACGACAAGGUCCGAUAUCGGCCCCGCUCGGGAUGCCAACGACGUUUCAGAUGACAGGCAUGCUCCGCCCACGAAACGUACGAAGAAGAAGGAAGAGGAGGAAGAAGACGAGGAAGACUUGAAUGAUUCCAAUUAUGACGAAUUUUCUGGAUACGGGGGUUCUCUUUUUAGCAAAGAUCCUUACGAUAAAGACGACGAAGAAGCCGAUGCGAUUUACGAAGCUAUCGACAAACGCAUGGAUGAGAAACGCAAGGAAUACAGAGAGAAGCGUCUUAGGGAAGAAUUGGAACGUUAUCGUCAGGAACGUCCUAAGAUUCAGCAGCAAUUCUCAGAUCUGAAGAGAGAGCUGGUUAACGUAACCGAGGACGAGUGGAGAAAUGUUCCGGAAGUAGGCGACGCCAGGAAUCGUAAACAGCGCAAUCCGAGAGCGGAGAAAUUUACUCCGCUGCCGGAUUCUGUACUAGCCAGAAAUUUAGGGGGCGAGUCGUCCACCAGCAUCGAUCCAUCCAGCGGUUUGGCUUCUAUGAUGCCAGGUGUGGCGACGCCUGGCAUGCUAACUCCCACGGGGGAUCUUGAUCUGCGGAAGAUUGGACAGGCGAGGAACACACUGAUGAACGUCAAGUUGAAUCAGGUUUCCGAUUCUGUGGAGGGUCAAACUGUGGUCGAUCCGAAAGGGUAUCUCACUGACUUGCAGAGCAUGAUACCAACUUAUGGGGGUGAUAUCAACGACAUCAAGAAAGCCAGACUAUUGUUAAAAUCUGUCCGAGAGACCAAUCCCAAUCACCCGCCUGCGUGGAUCGCGUCCGCACGUCUGGAGGAGGUAACGGGCAAGGUACAGGCGGCGAGGAACUUAAUAAUGAAGGGUUGCGAGGUGAAUCCCACCUCCGAGGAUCUGUGGCUGGAAGCCGCGCGACUGCAGCCGCCGGACACGGCGAAGGCGGUGAUAGCCCAGUCGGUGCGUCACAUUCCAACGUCCGUCAGGAUCUGGAUAAAAGCCGCGGACUUGGAGACGGAGGUGAAAGCGAAAAGGAGGGUGUACCGCAAGGCUCUGGAACAUAUACCGAACUCGGUGCGACUGUGGAAAGCGGCGGUCGAGUUGGAGGAGCCCGAGGACGCGCGUAUCCUGCUUAGCCGCGCGGUCGAGUGCUGUCCGACCAGCGUGGACCUGUGGCUCGCUCUCGCCAGACUGGAGACUUACGACAACGCGAGGAAGGUUCUGAACAAAGCCAGGGAGAACAUACCGACGGACCGGCAAAUCUGGACGACCGCUGCGAAACUGGAGGAAGCGAACGGCAACAAGCACAUGGUGGAGAAGAUCAUCGAUCGCGCUAUCACGUCGUUGAGCGCGAACGGAGUGGAGAUCAACAGGGAACACUGGUUCAAGGAAGCCAUGGAGGCUGAGAAGGCCGGGGCGGUGCAUUGUUGCCAGGUUAUCGUCAAGGCCAUCAUCGGCUUCGGAGUGGAGGAGGAGGACAGAAAGCACACUUGGAUGGAGGACUCGGAAACUUGUGCGCAACAAGGAGCGUUGGAAUGCGCCAGAGCCGUGUACGCUUACGCAUUGACGACGUUCCCCAGCAAGAAGUCGAUCUGGCUGCGCGCGGCUUACUUCGAGAAAACCUACGGCACGCGAGAAUCCCUGGAAGCAUUGUUGCAGAGGGCGGUCGCUCAUUGUCCAAAGAGCGAAAUACUCUGGCUGAUGGGCGCGAAAUCGAAAUGGCUGGCUGGCGACGUGCCGGCAGCCAGAGGUAUCUUAUCGCUCGCGUUUCAAGCUAAUCCCAAUUCCGAGGAGAUCUGGCUGGCGGCGGUGAAGCUGGAAUCCGAGAACUCCGAGUACGAGAGGGCCCGACGCUUACUGGCGAAGGCCAGAGCGUCCGCCCCGACGCCGAGGGUGAUGAUGAAAAGCGCCAAGUUGGAGUGGGCUCUUAAAAAUCUCGAAGCGGCGUUGCAUCUCUUGAAAGAAGCUCUCGAGGCUUUCGACGAUUUCCCCAAGCUCUGGCUGAUGAAGGGCCAAAUCGAGGAGCAGCAGGGUAACUUGGACAAAGCGUUGGAAACGUAUAAUCAAGCGAUCAAGAAGUGUCCGAAUUCAAUCCCUUUGUGGCGUCUGUUGUCACAAUUGGAGCACAGGAGGAACCAAGUGACCAAAGCUCGUUCGGUUCUGGAGAAAGCCAGGCUGAAAAAUCCCAGGAAUGCGGAAUUGUGGCUGGAGGCUAUACGAAACGAAUUGAAAAGCGGCGGUGUUCGUGAUAUGGCGAACACCCUAAUGGCUAAGGCGUUGCAGGAAUGUCCUACGUCUGGUCUACUUUGGGCGGAAGCAAUUUUCAUGGAACCACGGCCGCAAAGAAAAACUAAAAGUGUGGACGCUCUCAAGAAGUGCGAGCACGAUCCCCACGUUCUCCUGGCGGUAUCAAAAUUGUUCUGGUGCGAACACAAGAUCUCGAAGUGCAGAGAUUGGUUCAAUCGGACGGUGAAGAUCGAUCCAGAUUUAGGCGAUGCAUGGGCGUACUUUUAUAAAUUUGAAUUGCUGAACGGUACGGAGGAGCAGCAAGACGAUGUAAAGAAAAGAUGCAUCGCUGCGGAACCUCAUCAUGGUGAAAAUUGGUGUAAAGUCUCCAAGAACAUAGCAAACUGGUGUUUGAGUAUAGAUCAAAUCUUAGUAUUAGUCGCAAGAGAUUUACCUAUUCCUAUAUAAACCUUCUAAAUGUAUUCCUAUAUAAACAUUCUUAAUGUAUAUGUAUAAUGUAUAAGUAUGAUACUUGUAAAUAAAGCUACGCGUAUUUUGAUUGA